GUGGAAGAUGCUAAAUCAGAAAAUAUUUACAAAUUCAAAUAACCAUAGAGACCAACCAAGUGAUUUAAAUGAAUAAAACAGCACUAGACAUAAAAAAGGACUUAAUAGCCAUGAAGGUCCUCAUCCUUGCCUGCUUGUUGGCUCUUGCCCUUGCAAGAGAGAAAGAAGAACUCAUUGUAUCCGGUGAGACUGUGAAAAGCCUUUCAAGCAGUGAGGAAUCUGUUACGCACAUCAAUGAGCAGAAAAUUGAGAAGUUUAAACAUGAGGAACAGCAGCAAACAGAGGAUGAACGCCAGGAUAAAAUCCACCACUUUUCCCAGCCACAGCCUCUAGUCUAUUCCUACACUGGGCCAAUCCCUUACCCUAUCCUUCCACAAAACAUCCUGCCUCUUGCUCAGCGCCCUGUGGUGGUGCCUUUCCCUCAGCCUGAAAUAAUGGAAGUCUCCAAAGCUAAGGAGACUAUCCUUCCUAAGCAUAAAGAAAUGCGCUUCCCUAAAUCUCCAGUAGAGCCCUUUAUUGAAAGCCAGAGCCUGACUCUCACUGAUCUUGAAAAUCUGCACCUUCCUCUGCCUCUGCUCCAGUCCUUGAUGCACCAGCCUCCCCAUCGUUUUCCUCCUACCCCCAUGUUUCCUCCUCAGCCACUGCAGUCCCUUUCUCAGCCCAAAGUCCUGCCUAUUCCCCAGCAAGUGGUGCCCUACCUCCAGAGAGAUAUGCCCAUCCAGGCCCUUCUGCUGUACCAGGAGCCUGUACUUGGUCCUAUCCGGGGGCUCUACCCUGUUAUUAAUUGACUGCGACUGGAAAUGUGGCAACUUUUCAAUCCUUGCAUCAUGCUACCAAAAUAGUUUUUAAAUGAAUCAACAUGGAAAAAUAUGAAAAUUAUUCCUUUAUUUAUUUUAUGCUUUAUAUGGCAUUCAUCUUAAUUUGAAUUUGACUUAUAAACUCUAUAUUUUCAAAAGUUUAAUUCAACAAAAUUUCAACUUUAAGUGGGAAAUAUCAUAAACAUAUCAAAAAUAUGUAUAAAAAUAAUUUCUGGAUUUGUGUUUAUUAUUUCUUUAAGAAUCUUUUUCCUAACCAGUCAUUUCAAUAAAUUAAUCCUUUGGCAUA